AUGAAUGCUGAUCGUAAGGAAGGAAAACAGAAAUCAACAAACCAAGCCCGAACUCCCUCUUCAAGAACUUACCAUUACCAUGCAACAUUGAACACCAUCAAAUGCAAGUUGUGUAAAGGCGAUCAUCCACUCUACACAUGCAGAACAUUUUUGCAGAAGGGAAUAUACCAGAGAAAUGAAUAUGCAAAAGAAAAUAAACUUUGUAUAAACUGUCUAAGACCAGGACACUUCACCCAAACCUGCAUGUCAACAAGAAGAUGUCAAAAAUGUAAUAGGAAGCAUCAUACUUCGGUGCACUUCGACCAAAAUCCAGAAAAUCCGAGACAAUCAAUGGCUGUUGAACGAACAACCCAAUCCGGGAGGUUGCAGUCCCACAACUGCACAACAGGCAGUAGUGUUCUUCUAGCAACAGCUGUUAUCAAAAUAAAUGGACCAAACAAUAACAUACAAUGUGUCAGAGCAUUAAUAGACCAAGGCUCUCAAGCAUCGUUUAUCACCGAAGAUGUAGCAAACAAACUACAACUACAAAAAACAAAGGUUGAUGUAACAGUAUCCGGACUUGGCUCACACGAGGUAUCAAGAGUAAAAUAUAAAGUAAACAUCACUCUAAGCAACAAUCCAAAAAUCUGUACCACUGCAUAUGUCCUAAAAAAUGUCACAAAAACACUCCCAUCUACACGUAUAAAAACAGAGUGGGGACACCUACAAAAAUUAAUACUAGCUGAUCCUACAUACAACAUUCCAGGCAAAAUCGACAUGAUCGUGGGUGCAGAAGUGAUUGCCGAAAUACUCCAGGAAGGAGUCAUCAAGGGAAAGCCAGGCUCACCUAUAGCCCAACAAACCAUCUUUGGGUGGAUUAUAUCUGGAAAUACUGGCAACAACACUCAACAAUUAUCAUGUCAUAUCACAUUAACUGACUUGGACAAUCGAAUAAGCAAGUUCUGGAAUACUGAAGACCUAAGAAAUGAAACACAAGAAAGCCAAACAAAUAAAUGCGAAGACUAUUACCAGCAGACUGUAUCUCGAAACAAGGAAGGAAGGUACGUUGUGAGAAUACCGUUCGAAGUUCAACCAGAACUUUCAAACAAUCAAUCAAAGAAGAGAGCGAUUGCAUGAUUGCAAGAUUACUUCACAUGGAAAAAAUCUUUGCAAAAAAUCAAAAAUUAGCCGAAGACUACAAAACGUUUAUGAAGGAGUAUAUUGAGUUAGGACAUAUGAGCAAAUGCAUAACAGACAAUGAACAAGGGGCAUACUAUCUACCACACCACGCUGUUAGUAACCCGAACAGCUCAACGACAAAACUAAGGGUAGUAUUUGAUGCCUCAGCGAAAUCUGCAACAGAAAACAGCCUCAACCAAAUAAUGCAUACAGGGCCCAAAAUCCAAGAAGACCUGACUUCAAUUCUCAUACGGUGGCAAAAGCAUAGAAUUGUAUUCUCAGCUGACAUUCAGAAGAUGUACCGACAAAUCUUAAUCGACAUCCCAGAUCGUAAAUACCAACGUAUCUUAUGGAGAAACUCCCCAAAUGAAGAAAUCACGGAAUAUGAACUAAACACUGUCACUUAUGGAACAGCAUCAGCACCAUAUCUAGCUAUAAGAACACUGAAACAACUGGCAGAAGACGAAGGGAAGAAUUAUCCGCAAGCCGCUUAAAGUCUAUUAACAGAUUUCUAUGUGGAAGAUGUCAUGUCAGGUGGAGACUCAAUUGAAGAAAUAAGAGAACAGAAAAAACAACUCACGAAUCUCCUCAAAACUCUUGGGUUCCAGUUACAUAAGUGAAAUAGCAAUAUCAAUAGGUUACUGGGAAAAGUAGUAAACUCCAUAAAGAGCCUCGAAUUAGAUAAAGAAGAAUACGUCAAAACACUUGGCAUUCAGUGGCAUCCAUCAAAGGACUACUUCUCGUUCGAAGUCAAGCCGUAUGAAGCAAAUUCCACCUGGACAAAGAGGAGUGUGUUAUCAGAAAUAGCCCGAAUAUUCGAUCCACUAGGGUGGCUCGCACCGAUCGUUCUACGAGCAAAAUUACUGAUGCAAGACAUUUGGAUGGAACACAACCUUGACUGGGAUGAUCCAAUUCCCACCACACUGAAAACGAAAUGGAAAGAUUACAGAAGCGAUCUCAACAGUAUAACCAAUAUCAAAAUAGAAAGAUGGACGAAAUACUCACGUAAUGUCAACAAGAUUGAAAUUCAUGGUUUUUGCGAUGCAUCUGAAAGAGCAUAUGGCUUCAACAUAUACAUGAGAAUCAUAGAUAAAAAUAACAAGAUUACAACAACCUUAUUAACUUCCAAAACAAGGGUGGCAAUAAAACAAAAGAAACAAAAUGACAAGAAAC